UAUUUUUUCUUCUUUUGUUGUUGUUUUGAUUCAUUUUAUGGAUUUUCGAAAACCCUUUAAGUCUCAUAGUUCGUAUAAACAGAUUAUAAGCACGGGAGAUCAAAACGAGAAGACGAAGAAGAAGAAGAAACAUCAGGUUCUUGACGAUGGUUCUGGUUCUAGCUUCAGCGUCCAUAAAGCAGCCAUGGAAAGAGAUCCCAGCUACAUGUUCUGGCAAGAUAAUUCAACGGAUGAUCAUGUUAAGAGUGGGAGUUUCGAUUUCUCGCAGUGCCGUGAGGAGAUCACACUUGAUGUGAAUGACGAAACAGAGGAAACAGAGGUUGUCAGUAACAAUAACAAUAUGUUUGGUUCGAAAGAAAUGAGAGUGUCUUUCAAGAUCAACAGUUCAGGAACCAACAAUUUGUCCAGUUCUGUCCGUUCUUGUGCGUCGUCGACUUCUUUUUCCUCGGCGACGAUGCGGAUGAAUUUAGAGCAGCAAGAAGAUGAAGGAGAGGUAGUUUUAAGAUGUUCAUCGAUGAGGAAAACAGAGCUUGUUUCGAGGGCGAAGGCGAGAUCAAGACUGAUAGAUCCUCCACAAGAAGAGGAACAACAGUACACAAGUUGGAUGGGGACAUCGGAGCAGUUAAGAUCAGGUUUACUUGGGAGACAGUCCGAUGAUAUUGAGGAAGAAGAUGAUUCAUUGGCUGAGGAAGAUGUUCCUGAGGAAUAUCGAAGGUUGAAAAUGGACGCGGUAACGUUACUUCAGUGGCUGAGCUUGAUCGCGCUCGUAGUUGCGUUAGUGUUGAGUCUUGCGUUUCAUACGUGGAGAAAUGCAACUCUUUGGAGCCUUCAAUUGUGGAAAUGGGAAGUGGUCUUGCUGGUUCUCAUUUGUGGUAGGCUAGUUUCGGGGUGUGGAAUCCGAAUCAUCGUCUUUUUUAUCGAAAGAAACUUCCUAUUGAGGAAACGGGUUCUCUAUUUUGUGUACGGAGUAAAGACUCCUGUUCAGAACUGUCUCUGGCUCGGCCUCGUGCUUAUCGCUUGGCAUUUCUUGUUCGACAAGAAAGUAGAAAGGGAAACACAUAGCGAUGUUCUUUUUCUCGUGUCCAAAAUCUUGGUGUGUUUCUUGUUAAGCACUGUCUUGUGGCUGAUCAAGACACUUGUUGUUAAAGUUCUAGCUUCUUCGUUCCACGUUAGUACCUACUUCGAUCGGAUUCAAGAAGCUCUAUUUCAUCAUUACUUGAUCGAGACGUUAUCUGGACCUCCAAUGCUUGAGCUAAGCAGGAUUGAGGAAGAGGAAGAGCGUGCGCAAGAAGAGAUCUUCAAGAUGCAGAGAGGAGGAGCCGAUUUAUCACCCGAGCUUUGUUCCGCAGCGCUCCCUCAGGAAAAAAGCGGGAGUACUGUGAACAUAAAGUUAUCUCCAAUCAUCCCGAAGACGGGAAGUGAUAACGGAAUCACAAUGGAGGAUUUGCACAAGAUGAAUCAGAAGAACGUUUCAGCUUGGAACAUGAAGAGGCUAAUGAAGAUUGUGAGAAAUGUUUCGUUGACUACGUUGGACGAGCAAGCGCUUCAAAACACAUCUGAAGAUGAAUCUACUCGACAGAUACGGAGCGAGAAAGAAGCUAAAGCAGCCGCAAGGAAGAUUUUCAAGAACGUAGCUCAACCUGGUACAAAGCAUAUCUAUCUGGAGGAUUUGAUGAGAUUUUUGCCAGUAGACGAGGCGAUGAAAACGAUGAGCCUCUUCGAAGGAGCAUUAGUAACCAAAAAGAUCACAAAAUCAGCCUUGAAGAACUGGCUGGUGAAUGCUUUCAGAGAGCGAAGAGCACUUGCUUUAACACUCAAUGACACCAAGACAGCAGUGAACAAACUCCAUCACAUGAUUAGUUUUCUCACAGCCAUUGUCAUUAUAGUCAUAUGGCUAAUCCUUCUUGAAAUCGCUACGUCCAAGUACCUUCUCUUUUUAACUUCACAAGUUGUACUCUUGGCAUUCAUGUUUGGGAACUCUCUCAAGACCGUCUUCGAGUCAAUCAUCUUCCUCUUCAUAAUUCACCCUUACGAUGUUGGUGAUCGGUUAGUCAUCGACUCUGUAGAGAUGGUGGUGGAGGAAAUGAACAUUCUCACAACAGUGUUCUUGAGAGCUGACAAUUUAAAGAUUGUGUAUCCGAAUAUUCUUCUAUGGCAGAAAGCAAUUCACAAUUACCAUCGUAGUCCGGACAUGGGAGAAGAAGUCACAUGUUGUGUCCACAUUACUACUCCUCCUGAAAAAAUUGUUGCAAUCAAACAAAGAAUAUCAAGCUACAUCGACAGCAAACCCGAGUUUUGGUAUCCAAAAGCUGAUAUUAUUGUCAAAGAUGUGGAAAAUUUGAACAUUGUGAGGUUAGCAAUAUGGCCGUGUCAUAAAAUUAACCACCAAAACAUGGGUGAGAGGUACACAAGAAGAGCCUUGUUGGUCGAGGAAGUAAUCAAAAUCCUCCUCGAACUCGAUGUUCAGUACAGGUUUCAUCCACUUGACAUCAAUGUCAAAACAAUGCCCACGGUUGUCUCCAGCAGAGUUCCACCUGGCUGGUCUCAAAUCCCUGAUUCAGGGUAAUAUAGAUGUGUCUGCUUAUUCCUUUUUUAGUCGAUAUAACAUUUUUAGUGUUAUCUAAAGUGCAUGAGAGUAAAGAAAAUUAUGGUUUAGUAAUGAGGGUGUUGUAUAUAUGAAUGAAGGUGAAAGCAAAUAAAUGUUAUAUAAACUUUAUG